GUUGGAAUUAGAACCUGUUCAUGAAGCUGCUCAAGCUGGGCAAUAUCCUUCAACAGAACAGAUCAGUGACAGAAGUCGCAUUGUGACCAGUUGCAUCGCAGAAAGCCUAGGCAGCAGUUCUUUAUUCUGCCACAAAGCCGUUAGCUGUUCCUUUCAAGGCGGAACAAAACCUCGCCGGUCAGUUCUGCGAUUGAUCCCCAUACAAUUCCUCAGUUCAUUUCUUUUUAUCACCAGAUCCAAAACUUUUUGCCCUCAACAACGAUAGUCUGGAAAAGCAGGCUCUUGGCCGUAGUUGUCAAGUGAAGAUCAAAGCCUCUUGCUACCUAUCGCUCUAGAAAGCAAGCACAAGGUGCCGUCAGCUCGUAAAGCUGGCGAGGCCUCUUGCACGGGUGAAGUCGAUGAAGGAGGUGCGCCGCUACCUGCGGACUUUGAGGGGCCAUAGGGGGCCCCUACUGCGUACCCUAUGUUUGAUGGCUGGCAUUCUGGGGCUGCUCCUCUAUCUGACGCGACACCAUCACGAGUUGCACAGCACAAAGCCUUUGUACUUUGUCAGCAUUGGGGAUUAUGGAGCUGGCAACGCGACACAGCAAGCUGUUGCAGACCAGCUGGCAAAGACAGUGGGGGAGUACGGGGUACAGUUCAUACUGACGCUAGGAGACAACUUCUACUCCAGAGGUGUAACGAGCUUGGAGGAUCCAAUCUGGCAAAAGCGCUUUGAGGCGGUCUACCACCACCCAAGUCUGCAAGUACCCUGGUACAUAACCCUGGGCGAUCACGACCACCGGGGCAACGUAUCAGCGCAGCUGCUCUACACGGAGCGGUCGGAGCGGUGGCACCUCCCCAGCCCCUACUACUUGCAACAGGUGGCGCUCAGCGAAGAGCGCCACCUGGACAUCGUCGUCACCGACAGCAUCGCCCUUGAGGGUGCUUUGGCGGUGGGGCCCAAGGAGCGACGCUUCUUCAACGACUACACGCAGCAGUGGGUGGACGCACAGGCUGGCAAGGCACACCUAGACUGGCUGGAGGCGACCCUCGCAAACAGCACCGCAGACUGGUGCAUAGUUGCGGGCCACCGCCCCGCCAAAACGGCCGCGGACCGCGACCGUUUCCGGGGAGACUUCGCCCUCAUGGAAGUGCUGCCGCCUCUUCUCUCGCGCCACAGCGUGGACGCGUACCUGAGCGGGCACGACCACGUGGGCCAGCAUUUUGAGGAGGGGCACGUGCAGUUUCUGGGCAACGGGUUGGGCGGCUACAAGACGCACGUCGUGUCAGCGGACGCGAGCGCGUUGUGGGUCGAGACCGGCUUCAACGGGUUCCUCCUUCACAAGGUGACAAAUAAAGAGUUGACUUCUUCCUUCAUCGACUCAGAAGGGCGAACCAGGUACACGACCAAGAUAUUGUCACAAAGUAAAAGGAGAGCUAAGCAAGCCGGACUUAGAUUUAUCUAACAUGCACAUCUACGAGCGGAUAUAUUUGUCGCUCAAAUUGAUCCCUUUGAAUGUUUACUGACGCAUUACCUAUAUAGUUACUAAAUCGACUUUCUUAUAUCAAGAUAUAUUCGAUGUGCAAUUCAUCGUCAGCAGGCAAAUGUAGGCCUCGCAAAGAGCUUGCAUGGUGCCCGUAAUGAAUAUCGACAUCCGAGCUAUAGUGUUUGAACUUAGCUGUUUGGACUAGAGACAAAAUCGUACCUGGGUACUCUGCAUCGCAUCCGACACUCGAAAGGUUCCCAUGGACACAGGUUCUAGCCCGCGCCCAAUUAAAUUAGCCAUGGCAUGCGCACCGG